GGUUACGUCUUGUAUCAUAGCAACAGGGAGAAAGCGCUAAAAUAAACUACAGAACCAUUUCAAGUUAUCAUGGCGAAGUUAAUGCCUUCUCCAACAAAAUAUCACCCUUCAGAGUGGCACACUUCUAACAAAACAAACUACAAGCAAUCAGAAACUGAAAGGACAAGGUCUGAAAGGCUUCGCUCCGAAUGCAAUCGACUUUCUAACGAAGUUCAACAAACGACAUUCCGGGUCCAGAAGGAAGUAGAGCAUAAGCUAUCACAAAGAAUAGAUGACAUUACUUUUUGGAAAGAAGAACUCGAAAAAAAGAUCAAGCAAACUUCUGAUGAGAUCGAAGCAGUCAUUAACAUGAAAAUUGAACUGGAAAAGAACCUCGAGGCUACAAAUUUUCCAUUAGAGGUGACAAAAAGGUGCCUAAUGUUUAGGGAAAAUAGGCAAGCAAUUGAUUUGGUCCACGAUGAAGUUGAGAUACAACUCAUGAAGGAAAUGGAAGUAAUUGAGGGAGUUCAGUGUCUCCUACAGAAGACUCAUGAUGAGGCUUUAGAACAAUUAAGAUUACUGAGAAGCUGCAAGUACAAGCUAGAGAAGGAUACCAAGGAUAAGUUUGGAGCUCUGCACAUUGACAAAGAGUGCGCCACGCUCACAGAUACCUCCCCAGGAAUACGUUUCUCACCGGCCGCAUCAGUGGAUAUACAAACAAAGUCUAUCCUGCCCGUGGAGUGGCAAGAUAUCUCCGACGUCAACAUAUGUAAAGCAGAGCAGGAACGUAUCAGCUCCACGACACUGCGUGGAGUUAUUAGUAGCAUAUUAAGCCAAACAAAACAGGACAUGAUGCGACAGAGAGAGAUAGUGAACGAGGCCUUUUACAAAAGAAUACAAGAAGUCACAGAUGCUAAAGUGAAUCUGGAGGCCCAUCUGAAAGAGGUUAUAAAAGAGAUUGCAUCUCAGGAACAGAACAUAGCAUCACUUCAGCAAGCCAUACAUGACAAGACUGGACCAAUGCAACUCUCUCAAACACGUUUAGACUUACGCUCAUACCGACCCAACAAUGAACUUGUUCGUGACCCUGCACAAUAUGAAUUGGCAUUUGAAGUCAAAGAAAUUGAGUUCACAAUCCAGAAGCUACAGGAGCAUUAUCUUGAGGCACAAGCUACACUAAAAAAGCUUAAUCGAAAUCAAUUGGUACUGGAAGAAGAUAUCUCUAUCAAAACCCUCUCUCUCUCCAUUGAUAAUGAUCAGUGUAUGUCACUGAGAAGGCAGAUGCAUACCAAAUAAUGAUACUGACGGCAGCCCGAUCCCACCACCAUAAUUAUCACUCAAUACUAUAGUACUAACUGCUAUGACUAUUAACAAUACUAUCCUUAUGUAGUGUUAACAAUAAGUAACUUUUUUCAAUUUUGAUUAAAAGUAUUUUCAGUAGAUUAAUGAAGAAAACAACAAUAACUUGCUUAAAAA